UUCGAACCGAAUGAUUACCGCGUCCUGGUCACUCAUAACAGCCCUCUCUACCUCUCUCCUGCAUUUCCUCUUUAACCCCUGUCUGGUCGUCUCUAGACGAUUGAUUCAAAAUAUUGCCACUUGAGUUCAGAUUAAAUCCAUCCCUCUCCCCGGCUAUAUAACUACACGCCUAUUCCAGAAAUACGCCGACUCCGCUAUCAUCUCCCCAUACUAACCACAUCGGACUAUUCCGUCGCCGUCAUGUCUCAGUCAACUAUCGAACAGCAGAAGAAGGUGGCGGCGGCUUCUGCUGCCGCCCAGCAAAGUGACAACAUAGCACAUGCAUUGUCUGGGGCUGGAGGCGGGGUCCUUUCCAUGGCUUUAACUUACCCCCUGAUUACCCUUUCGACGAGAGCGCAAGUCGAAUCGAAGCGUGCCCAUUCUACCACCCUUGAUGCCGUCCGUCGAAUUGUGCAGCGAGAAGGGUUCUCGGGUCUAUACGCGGGCCUGGAGUCUGCACUGUUCGGAAUUAGUGUCACCAAUUUUGUAUACUACUACUGGUAUGAGUGGACACGGGCCGCGUUUGAGAAGGCCGCUAUCAAGGCUGGCCGGGCUUCGAAAAAGCUCACGACCUUCGAGUCAAUGGUUGCUGGUGCUAUCGCUGGCAGUGCAACAGUCAUGAUUACCAACCCAAUCUGGGUCAUAAACACUCGGAUGACGGCCCGCAAGUCCGAUUCCGACGAGCAGAGCCUGCCCGGGACGCCCCCCAAGAAAGCACGACCGUCAACUAUCAGUACCCUGAUGGAGCUUCUUCGUGAAGAGGGCCCCAAAGCCCUUUUCGCUGGCGUUCUUCCGGCGCUCGUGUUGGUUAUCAAUCCCAUCCUCCAGUACACAAUCUUCGAGCAAUUGAAGAAUGUCUUGGAGCGCCGAAGACGUGUGACUCCGAAAGAUGCGUUUUAUCUCGGUGCUCUAGGCAAAAUCCUAGCCACUUCGAUUACGUAUCCUUAUAUCACAAUCAAGAGUCGGAUGCAUGUCGCUAGCAAAGACGGCCCCAAGGAGAGUCUGAAUGGAAGUUUGAAGAGAAUCAUCAAGGAGGAAGGCUACGUGGGUCUGUAUAAAGGCAUUGGACCAAAGGUGACCCAAAGUGCAAUCACUGCAGCAUUCUUGUUUGCAUUCAAGGAUGUUAUCUAUGGCAUGACAGUGGCCGCUCGGAGGAGACAGGCGGUCUCGAAAUAAAAAGAGAAUAAACCACCGAGCACGAUCAUAAGUGGGGGAUUUCGAAAAUGAUACCCAUGUUGUAAAUAUGUAGAGGGCUCCCUUCCCUGUGUUUGGAUGUUGCUGUCUUUGGGUAUAUCAUAUCUCUGUCUCUCUCCUUUCCCCCUCAUCAGUCUGUGUUGGCUGGGCUGUUUACAGCAUGCUUUAUUAAUUCGAUGGCAUUUUUUGCUGUAUGGGAACAUUACCAAAGGAUAAUUUUCCCCUGUAAGUUUCAUUAGUGUAUGAUAAUUCUGGAGAAGAAGAGUUUAUUAUGCUUCUCAACUGUUUUGCAUCAUGGGCUACUGGUCAAUUACUGUAUAUCUUGAGCUUAUGAGUGUGUCUAUAUUCUAUAUCAAAUGCAA